AUGUAUAAAAUGGAAUAUUCUUACCUCAAUUCCUCUGCCUACGAGUCCUGUAUGGCUGGGAUGGACACCUCGAGCCUGGCUUCAGCCUAUGCUGACUUCAGUUCCUGCAGCCAGGCCAGUGGCUUCCAGUAUAACCCGAUCAGGACCACUUUUGGGGCCACGUCCGGCUGCCCUUCCCUCACGCCGGGAUCCUGCAGCCUCGGCACCCUCAGGGACCACCAGAGCAGUCCGUACGCCGCAGUUCCAUACAAACUCUUCACCGACCACGGCGGCCUCAACGAGAAGCGCAAGCAGAGGCGCAUCCGCACCACUUUCACGAGUGCACAGCUCAAAGAGCUGGAGAGGGUCUUCGCGGAGACGCAUUACCCUGACAUCUACACCCGGGAGGAGCUGGCCCUGAAGAUCGACCUCACCGAGGCGCGAGUCCAGGUGUGGUUCCAGAACCGCCGCGCCAAAUUCCGCAAGCAGGAGCGCGCGGCAGCGGCGGCUGCGGCCGCGGCCAAAAACGGCUCCUCGGGGAAGAAGUCCGACUCCUCCCGGGACGACGAGAGCAAGGAGGCCAAAAGCACCGACCCGGACAGCACCGGAGGCCCGGGCCCCAACCCCAACCCCACUCCCAGCUGCGGCGCGAGCGGCGGCGGCGGCGGGCCCAGCCCGGCAGGAGCCCCGGGAGCGGCGGGGCCGGGGGGCCCGGGCGGCGAGCCGGGCAAGGGCAGCGCGGCGGCGGCGGCGGCGGCGGCGGCAGCAGCGGCGGCGGCAGCGGCGGCGGCGGCCGGAGGCCUGGCGGCGGCGGGCGGCCUGGGCGCGGCCGCGGGCCCGGGACAAGGCUGGGCUCCUGGCCCGGGCCCCAUCACCUCCAUUCCGGAUUCACUCGGGGGUCCCUUCGCCAGCGUCCUAUCUUCGCUCCAAAGACCCAACGGUGCCAAAGCCGCCUUAGUGAAGAGCAGCAUGUUCUGA